AUAUAUAUAGUAUAAUAUAACUUAUAAUAUAAACUAUUAAAAACAAAAAAUUAUUAACGCAGAUCAUUAAAAGAGAAAAGAUGUGAAUGUAUAGUGUUCUUUAACAUCUUUAGUAUUGUGUGACGAUAGCCAAGAUGUACAGUACUAUGUAACGCGUAACGAUUCACAUCGUUGUGUUGUUGCUAUUUUUGUUGUAUCGUUCUAUUUCAUUAAAAAGACAAAAAAAUAUAUGAAUAGAGUGUAAUAAACACCUACAAAAGAAAAAGGCGGAUCGGGUCAGAAAAUUGAUUCGAAAAUCUUUCGACGCUUACAAUACAUACAAAAAGUAACGUAAAUAAUAUUUGUACGAAGAUCGUUGAUCAUGUAUGCAUGAUGUAUGUAUGUACUUUCAAACAUUUACAAUGAAAAGAUUUUGUUGAUUUUGGAGGAAGCAAAGAUUGUAAUCAAGAUUCGAUUGUUUGGUAAAUAUAUUAUGUAUGUAAUGAACAAGUAUCUUGCCUGUCUGGCACGUGUUAUGAUUGAUUAUGGACUUUUUAUUAAACGGUGAAUUAUUAUAUUAUUAUAUAGGUACGUACAUACAAUAGUUUCCCUAUUGUGUACUCGGUGAACGGAUUGAAAGAGAUUUGAAUCCUGAGCUUCGGAUAGCGAAAUAAAUAAACUGCCUGUUAUUUUAUUCGUUCAUCGAUAUUAUACCAAUUAAUUGAACUACUUAUUACAUAUUUCGAAAUAUGUACAACCCCAAGAAUGCCCAAGAAGAAAAGUUUGCGACGUAACCUAACCUUUCUUAAACAUAACCAACGUACCUAACCAAUUCAAUGAAGAACAUAUUAGAUACGCGCCACCACGUGGCGCUGCGAUUCAUCAUGCGAUUGAACAUAUUUAAUCAUUACCAAAGAAGAUUUCAAGUAAAACGAUAGAAAUCUCUUUCAAAAAUACAUUAUUUCGUAGGGAAGAAACAUUUUUAAUCAGGAAAAUCAAUGUUUAUCUAUGUCAAACAUUGUUUGAAACGGUAAGAAAAAUUGCACUUAGGAAUGGCGCCAACCUGUCGCCAUUUUCAUGAAACUUUACCAAGACGGUAAAUCGAGAAGGCCGUGGGGAGGAAGAAUUCCUGAAAAAGAGUGCGUGUGUCGGAAAACUAGAGGAAAAAUCACGAAAAAGCGAGAAUAAUGAACUGGCCGUAAGUAUAUCAUCUCUCCAUGCUAUUUUUCGUCGGUUUGAUUCGUUUCAAGCACAAAACACGGGGCCUAUGGCAUGGGACUUCCGUUUAAUGAACAGGAACAGGAAGUUCCUCGCAAUCUGAAAUGGCAAAAUAAAAACAUCCUGUACCGAGGAAAAUUUCGAAAAAUAUACACGCUACAUUUCCGAGCAAGUAGACAAAAGCGAAUAGAUUGUGUUUUGAUACCAUUGAAUUCGACUCGGAUUUUAAUUUUUUCCGACCUACUUUCGAUUCCGGUGGCUCAAGGUCGAGCAACACCAACGGAACUGCACAGAGUGAAAAAUGGAACGGUCACAGCUAGUCCUAUUUACUUUGAAAAAAGCCCAAUCGAUAACAAUUGUUAUGGAUCAUUUGAUUUUAGUGUGCACCAAAAAGAACGGGAUUGAGUUUAAUACACAAACAUGCAAGCUGCAAGUAUUUGCACUAAUGAUAUUGAGGGUCUGGACACAGAUACCCUUAUACCUGUUGAAAUCCUUGAUGUGUCUCAUCGUGUAAGAUCUCAAGAUGCCAUAUCGAUAGUGGAAUUAGGGAAACAGUUGCUUUUUAGUGCAAAGUAUGGGGACACGGAUACUGUUCGUGAUCUUAUGUGCAGAGGAGCUCCUUUCACUACAGAUUGGCUGGGUACCAGCGCGUUGCACUUUGCUGCCCAGAAUAACCAUACGGACACUGCAGAAGUUUUACUGAGAGCAGGAAUUUCGAGGGAUGCGAGAACAAAAGUAGACCGAACACCUUUACAUAUGGCUGCGUACGAAGGCCAUCACCAGAUGGCCCAAUUACUUCUUAAUUAUGGUGCAGACGCCGAUAGCAGAGAUAUGUUAAAAAUGACUCCUCUGCAUUGGGCAGUUGAGAGGGAACAUAUAGAAGUAAUGCACGUUUUAUUAGAACAUGGAGCAGACGCGAAUGCGACUAGCAAAUUUGACAAGACUCCGAUUAGUCUUGCGCUGGAACACGAUAGAUUAGAUUUGGUAGAUAUACUGCAACAAGAAAGAGAGAUUGUCGGCGUUAGAGCUCAUCAACAAAAUCAAGCGAAUACGGCAGAACUCGAAGUAGCAACUCAUAAUUUAAUACAAUUAGAAUCCGAAAGAGACGAGGAACAACAGAAAUUUGAAUUAUUACAACAGGAGUCCCAACCGAGAAGAAAAAUUACUCAUGUUGGGAAAAAACAACGAAUGCUUUUUCAACAAAUUCACGUUGGACCGAACACCGAUGACGAUCAGGACAAAGAGGUUGAAGAUGCGGAUGAAAUUACUAAUGCGAAUAAUCCAAACAAUGCUAGAAAACGUAAAGAUAUUCCAGUUGUUGGGGGACUGAAUAAACAGUUUAGGUUACUAGAAGCGCAUGGGAUCACAAUGAUACCCGUGGAUAAUAAUUCUUCUAUCGUGGAGAAUGCAAUGGAAAGUGGAAGAACGGUCGUUUUGACUGGAGUGAAACGACUUCAAGUAGCUGGAAAAAAAGGAACUUCGAGGAAAGUGAUAGCAAUUAGAGCAGAUCAAAUAUUGAAUCACGCUACACCUACUCUUACCUCUAGAGGGCCGAACAUAUUGAAAAGGUCUUCUGUUGAUAAUAAGCCUGGCAAAUUAUUCAUUUCAUCCAUCUCUAACGCUACACCCGUGUCAACGCCCACACAAUCGAAAAAUAUCGUUUCAUCGCCAGAGAGCAAAAUAAUUAGCGCUUCAACAAAAAUCACGGAGCCAAUAAUUUUACAGUUGGAUGACGAAAUUGAGGAAAUUAUCGAAGACGAUCAUACAGAUACCAAUGAACCGGUAAUGGAUAUUGUCCUUUUAAAUAGGCAAUUGGCCGAAGCACGAAGGCAAGCAGCAGAAUAUCGUAAACGGCUUCAAAAGAAAGAGGAGGAGGCAGAAAUUUAUAAGCAGCAACUAAAAAACAUUACAGCGCAAAGGGCAGCCAAGUGAUUUUGAUCAUGACACAUUCAACGAUCGAGUCACGUUUUACGAGUAGUCCUGCUUUUUCUACAAUAGAACAUUUUACAUAUACAAUUUUCAGUCUUGUUCAGCAGCUCGGUUGGAAAUUGCAUCUCUAUAUUUUAAGCUGUUCUUUCUUCAAUCUCUUAUUGCAAAGCAUUAUGAUAGUACUUACGCGCACUUUUUAUUAAUAACUGCUUGUUUUCUUUAAAUUUCGUUUUCUUUUCUUUUUUUUUUUUCUUUUUUGUAGAGAGCAUCUCGGAGAAUCAGCAAGAUUCUUCCACAAUUUUUUAUUUCCAUUCAUCGGGCAUAAUUCUGUAUUAUUUAACACACAUGCAUGCUUUUUGAAAGCUGUAAAGGAUGCAUAUAAUUAUUAAGUCUAAUCUAGAUGGAAACGAAACGUAUUUUUUUUUUUUUUUUUUCUUUAAAGACAUGUAAGAACACGACAUGUUUAAUUUGCUUUCCACAUAAUGUGUCGCAUAAAAUUACAACGGAAGUCCUUCAUAUUAUAUAUAGUAUCGUUAAUUUUUGAAUCAGUUAAAAUCAAAUUUUUUGCGCCAAUUCGAUUUGAUGUUGAUACGUAAACAUGUUGCAUGAUUUCAAUGCCUUGCUAUUCAACUGUCUCUGUCUGUUAUCAAUCGGGUACUAUUAACGAGCAGUGAUUAUUAGUACUGUAUACCAAUUUUCAUAUUGACGACACGUUACAAUACCUUAAUGCAGAAGGAAGAAAAGGAGUGAAAAAUAAUAUAAAAUAGUAAGCGAUAGGUAUCGAAGGAUACAUAUUUUUAAAUUGUAUAUGAUCUAUUUUGUACAUAGUAAAUUUUUAUAUACUUCGUAAGGUUGCCUAACGAUAAAGAAUGAUUAUGCAGUAUUGAUAAAUAACUAGAAUUACAUAGAAAGAGAAGAAACUAAAUAGAUAGGAAAUUUCUAUAAAAGUUUUCAAAUUUUAUGGUCAGAAACCUUAAAGAAAUGAAUGUUUCCUAACUGUUUAUAUUUUGUAGUAAGAAAAGCGUUAAUGAAAUUUGGUAAUAAAAAAGUUUAUAGUGAAAUAUAAGAGAAUCGAGGAGUUGUAAAAUAUUGAAUCGUUCGCAACGUAAUAAUUUUUCCAUUGAAUCGGCGGAAAAAGAAAUAUUUUUUUAUAAACAGAACGUGUCCGGAAAGCAAAAUGUGGAAAGCAAAUGAUCGAAUCGAAUAGAAUACGCCUUGCAGCAGUGUAAAAUAUAAUUCAUUUAGAAAGACAGGUUCACACACGUUAUUUGGAUACUGUUAUCACACUCUGUAUAGUUUCUUACGAACAAGGUGAUUUCAUUCCAAGCGCAUCUAUGCAAUGAUUCUGGUGCGCCGAAACAAAUAUGCUCAUUCGAAAUGCGUUGUGGAAGAGAAUGCCAGGCAAGUCUCUUUGUUUUAUCUAACAGCAUGUACUGUGCUAUGUAUUCGUGCAUACCCAAUAUAUUCGAAUUUCUAGCUUAAGAAUACGAUAUACAUAUAAGCGAGAAUUAUGUAUGUACAGCAGACAAAAAAAAUCAAAGAAAAAGGAAAGUAGUCUACUCAGGUAAAAAAUGUUAUAAUGUAUAGAGUAUGAGAGGGAAUUGAACAGUGUCGAUCACCAUCAAACGCAACUAAUAAAAUAAUGCUAAGAUUUUUUCUAGUAAUAUACCCUGUAAAUACGAACAUUUAUACAUAUACCGAUAGAACAUGUUGGGAUGCAAAGUUAGAAAACUUUUAUUCGAAAAUAAACAUUUUAUAUUUCACGAAUCGUUCGUACAAUAUUAUUACACGGUUUAAUCAUAAGAAAUACUUUUCGUACCUCUUUUAUUCGAGUUUCCUGUUAUUCGAAUACGUUUAUGUAGGACAAUUGUCUGUGCAGGAAUUAAAUACACCAAAUACUUCUAAAAGAGUAGAUUUGGCAUGUAAGAUCGCCGAGAGAAAAGUUUCAAAGAAAAUUUUAAUAAAUUUUCCAGUUAAAAACUA